CGCACACACACAGAGAAGCCGGCUGGCGUUGGCGCGAGAGCGAGCCGCUUCCAGCCUCGGAAGAAGGAAGCGGGGGAGACACGGGGUGCGCUUCCUCUCUCCCGGCUCUACGGCAUCCUCCUUGCAGCGCCUUCCCCGUGAGCCCCCCUCUUCCUCCUCCUCCUCCGUCCCUUUGGUGUGGCACCUUGCGGGGCGGCUUCCUCUGAGGUACUCAAGAUGCAUGGCUUGCCUCCGUUCUUUCACCUAGAUACACUAACCUCUCAGAAACCAAGUGAUUAAGAAGAGGAGGUGAGACUUGGGCUGUCCUGGCUUACUCUACCUGUACAUUAAACAAAGAUUUCAUUAUUUUACAUAACCACUGCCAGAAGUCUCUUCUGAUAGUAAGAGCAGAAGAUUGCAAUUAUACAAUUUCUGUGAAAAUUUCCUAAUAUAUAUUGGAAUAAGAAUGGAAAAGGUCAGCAGCAUUUCUGAAAGCAGAAUUCACUUGCUUCUCUUUCUAUGCCAAAUGAUUACUGCAUUGGAUGUACCUCUUGACCCAAAACUUCUUGAAGAAUUGCCACAGCCUCCAACGAUAAUACAACAGUCACCAAAAGAUUAUAUCAUUGAUCCAAGAGAAAAUAUUGUAAUACAGUGUGAAGCAAAAGGAAAACCACCUCCAAGUUUCUCAUGGACUCGUAAUGGAACUCAUUUCGACAUAGAUAAAGACGCACGGGUAAGAAUGAAGCCACACUCGGGAACUCUUAUAAUAAAUAUUAUUAAUGAAGAAAAUGGAGGAAAGGCAGAAUCAUAUGAAGGAGUAUAUCAGUGCACGGCAAGAAAUGAGCUAGGAGCAGCCAUUUCCAAUAACAUUGUCAUACGAUCAUCCAGAUCCCCUUUAUGGACUAAAGAAAAACUAGUUCCAAAAGUAGUCACUGAAGGUCAAUAUGCAGUACUUCCCUGCAGGCCACCAGUGGGGUUACCGCCACCUAUAAUAUUUUGGAUGGAUAACUCUUUUCAAAAGCUUCCUCAAAAUGAGAGAGUUUCCCAGAGUCUAAAUGGGGACCUUUAUUUUUCUAAUGUAAUACCAGAAGAUACCCGUGAAGAUUAUAUAUGUUAUGCAAGAUUUAACCAUACUCAAACUAUACAGCAGAAGCAACCAAUUUCUUUAAAAGUUGAGCCAGUGGAUUCAUUGAAUGAAACUAUAGCUGCUAAUAUGAGUGACACUGAUUUUAAUGGUGCCAGAUUAUAUCAAGAAAGAAGGCCUACAAUUCUAACACCAGGUGGAAGCACAAGUACCAAAACAGAGCUAAGGGGGAACACCCUCUUGCUGGAGUGCAUUGCAGAAGGAUUACCUACACCAACUAUCCGUUGGAUUAAAGAAGGUGGCGAACUUCCUAUCAACAGAAAGUUCUUUGAAAAUUUUAAUAAAACUCUCAAAAUCACAGAUAUUUCUGAAGCUGAUUCUGGAAAAUAUAAAUGUAUGGCAAGUAAUCAAUUGGGUUCUGCUCAUCAUGUCAUUACAGUCACUGUCAAAGCUGCACCUUACUGGAUAAGAGAACCAACAAACCUUGUAUUGUCUCCUGGAGAAGAUGGUUCCUUGAUUUGUCGAGCUAAUGGCAAACCCAAACCUAGCAUAAGCUGGUUAGCAAAUGGAGUUCCCAUUACAAUUGCUCCAGAAGAUCCUAGCAGAAAAGUGGACGGUGAUACAAUUAUUUUUACUGAUGUGCAAGAAAGGUCAAGUGCUGUUUAUCAGUGUAAUGCAUCUAAUGAAUAUGGAUACCUACUGGGAAAUGCGUUUGUGAAUGUUUUAGCUGAGCCUCCAAGAAUCCUCACUCCCUUAAACACACUUUAUCAAGUUAUUGCAAAUAAACCUGCUCUGCUAGACUGUGCUUAUUUUGGUUCACCUGUGCCUGAAAUUGAAUGGUUUAAAGGAGUGAAAGGUAGUAUUCUCCAGGGAAAUCAAUAUAUUUUCCAUAAGAAUGGAACACUGGAAAUUCCUGUAGCCAAGAAAAAUAGUGGUGGCACAUAUACCUGCGUAGCAAGAAAUAAACUAGGAAAGGUUCAAAAUGAGGUCCAAUUACAAAUCAAGGAGCCAACAGUGAUUAUUAAGGAGCCGGAAUAUAAAGUUGUACAAAGAACUGGACAGGUUUCAUUUGAAUGUAUAAUUAAACACGAUACUACCUUAAUACCCACAGUUACAUGGUUGAAAGAAAAUAAUGAAUUGCCAAAUGAUGAAAGGUUUAUGGUUGGUAAAAACAACUUGACCAUUAUGAAUGUCACAGAUAAAGAUGGUGGAGUAUAUACUUGCAUAGCUAAUACUACUCUGGACAGUGUAUCAGCAAGUGCUGUGCUCACAGUUGUUGCUCCUCCAACACCUCCUCCUGUUGUUUACGAUCGUCCUGAUCCACCAUUUGAUUUGGAAUUAACGGACCAUCUAGAAAGGAGUGUUCAGCUCUCCUGGAUUCCGGGCAAUGACAAUAAUAGUCCUAUUACAAAAUUCAUUAUUGAAUAUGAAGAUGCGAUGCGUGAGCCAGGGAUCUGGAACUACCAGACAGAAGUCAAUGGGAUCCUCACAACUACACAGUUAAAGUUGUCACCCUAUGUUAACUAUUCAUUUCGUGUAAUAGCUAUAAAUGAUAUUGGAAGAAGCCAGCCAAGUGAAGCCUCUGAACAAUAUUUUACAAAAGCUGCAAAGCCCGAUGACAAUCCUACUGAUGUUCAAGGGAUUGGAUCAGAACCUGAUAAUUUGGUGAUUAUGUGGGAGCCUUUAAAACAAUUUCAGUCCAAUGGUCCUGGGCUUCGGUACAAUGUUAGCUGGCGGCAGAAGGAUGGAGAUGAUGAAUGGACAUCUGUUGUAGUUGCAAAUGUAUCUAGGUAUAUUGUGUCUGGUACACCAACAUUUACUCCAUAUGAGAUAAAAGUACAGGGAUUAAAUGAUCUGGGACCUGCACCUGAACCUACAACAGCCAUUGGAUAUUCUGGGGAAGACUUACCUAUGGUUGCUCCAGGAAAUUUGCAGGUACAAGUUGUGAACAGCACAUUAGCAAAAGUUCAGUGGGAUCCAGUAGCACAAAAGUACAUCCGAGGCCAUCUUCAGGGAUACAAAAUUUACUACUGGAAGGUGAAAAGCCUAUCUGGAAGAAUUAAGAAGCAUAUAGAAAAAAGGACGUUGACUUUUAGUGGAAACAAGACACAUGGAAUGGUGCCAGGGCUGGAGCCUUAUAGUUCUUACAAACUGAAUGUCAGAGUACUUAACGGGAAGGGAGAAGGACCACCAACUCCUGAUGAAACCUUUAAAACCCCUGAAGGAGUUCCCAGUGCACCCUCCUUUUUGAAGAUUACUAAUCCAAAUCUGGAUUCUCUCACUCUGGAAUGGGGCCCACCUUCUCAUCCAAAUGGUGUUCUGGUAGGGUAUACCCUAAAGUUUCAGCCAAUUAACAGCACACACGACUUAGGCCGCUUGGAAGAGAUCAGUAUUCCAGCUAAUGAGACCAGCUUGGCAUUAAGCAACUUAAAUUACAGCACUCGAUACAAGUUUUACCUCUAUGCACAAACAUCUGUUGGAUCUGGAAAUCAAAUAACAGAGGAGGCAGUAACAAUUAUGGAUGAAGGUAAGAUGGGAUAUUCAGAGAACCUUUUUGAAACCUCCCCUGUCAUGCUCACUGUACCUUCAACAUUUUAUAAGGUGCUACAUGCCUAUCCAAGGAUCAAAAAUGUUGCUGCUGCUGAGACCUCUGCCAAUCUGACUUGGGAAUAUGAGGGUCCAGUUCAUGAGAACAUUUAUAUUGAAUAUGGUGUGACAAGCAGCAAAGAAGAAUUGAAAAAAGAACAUGUUAAUGGUUCCCGGAACUUCUUUAUGUUAAAAGGAUUAACACCAGGAACAUCAUAUAAAGUCCGGGUUGGUGCUGAGGGUCUUUCUGGUGUUAAAAGUUCAGAGACUGUGUUUGAGACAGGUCCAGCAAAGGCAAGUCGGCAAGUGGACAUUGCUACUCAAGGAUGGUUCAUUGGUCUUAUGUGUGCAGUUGCUCUUCUCAUCUUGAUUUUGCUGAUUGUUUGUUUCAUACGGAGGAAUAAAGGAGGAAAGUAUCCGGUGAAAGAGAAGGAAGAUGCUCAUGGCGAUCCAGAAAUUCAGCCUAUGAAAGAAGAUGAUGGAACACUUGGCGAAUACAGUGAUGCUGAUGACCACAAGCCUCUAAAAAAAGGAAGCAGGACACCUUCAGACAGGACUGUGAAAAAGGAGGACAGCGAUGAUAGUUUAGUUGACUAUGGAGAGGGGGUCAAUGGCCAAUUCAAUGAGGAUGGCUCUUUUAUUGGACAAUAUAGUGGUAAAAAAGAAAAAGAACCUGCAGAAGGAAAUGAAAGUUCUGAGGCUCCUUCCCCAGUUAACGCAAUGAAUUCAUUUGUCUAAAUAAAGAAACAUUGCCCCAUUCCUACAACCUUUCCAUUAUUUUUUCCCCAAGCACCUGUACAUCUUCCCCAUGUUACGGACAUGAAGGAAACUACACAGCAAAGUGUUUAUGCCAUAACUGCAAGUAGGUGAAACCAAUACACUAUCUAACAACAGUAAGUAUAAAUCAGAAUUCAAAACUGGAGACCUUUUCUAUUCAGAAAACAGCAACAUCAUUUACGAAUACUGGAAAUACAACUGCAAUGCAUGCAGAACGCUGCAUAUGUUCCAGACAAGGCCAGUUAUGCCGUUGGUGAUAAUUUUGAUACUUUGUUAUGUGCCCCUCAACUAAAUCCCUCAAUCUAAAGUCCAUUUUCAUUGUCAAAGUGUUAUAGUAGUAUUAUAUAGAACUUCAAUGUCUUUGUGGACAUUGUUGUGAAAUUGGUGACUUAAUGUCUAGAUAUCAUUAUGUCUUUUUGCAAGACAGUUUAGGAACAGUAUGUACAGUAUAUGAUUGAUAAAUGACUUUUGAGUAUGGCACUUGCAUUUGCUGAUGCUUAUUGAGGUCCUGAUACCUGCUCUUUGCUUCUCUUAUUUUAUAGCCUUUCUAAUUAAUUGAGUAUUGCUGCAGUACAGUAUUCUAUUUUUGACAUCCAAUGUACUUUUUUUAGGGCAUACAGAUUACUGCAUUGUAAUGCGUUUUGGAAUUUGUACAGUUAUGGAAGUGAAAUUUUCAAAUGAGUUUUUUAAUCCAGAAAAAAUGCAGGGCAGACUACAUUCAGUGCCUUUAAACAAUGUGCAUUCCGUAAUGUACUGUAAAUGGCCAUAAGCCACCUGGAACCUUUCUGAUUUGAGUGAACAGAAUGAAAGAGUUCAUAUACAGCUCUGUCCGUUUUGAUGCCGCUUCUGAAGGAAAUGUUCCCAGUGGGUUGAGCCCCUACUCUUAGCUGGUGUAAUAGUGUGUGAUCAAGAAACUGUCAUUGCCAAAGUAACGUGAUUAAAUGCCCAAAUAUGUUAGAUUGAACUAGAGGAGUUCAUAUUUAAGUUAUGCUAGGCUCAUUGCAAUGUCUUGUUUGUUUUAUGGAGAUAAACUAUAGAGAAGCUAGUGCAACUCAUUUCAUGGCCUUAUGCAGUUAACACAAAAGCAGCUGAUAAAUAUGUGUUUUGUUAAUGCAGGGAAGUGUUAGUCUUUCCUACAAUUCCAAGCUCCCAGGACUACCAUGACACUACUUUUAUUGUUACGCUUGUCAUGAAGCAGUGUAUAGAUUGCUACUGAAGAGCUAAAACAUUUAAGUAAUUUGACAAAUGCUGAGUUUGGUCACACAGUACAACUGUCACCUGCUAUAAAUUUACCAACACAUGCACACGCAUGGACAUACAGAAUCUAUAUCACGGAAAUGGUUUACCUCCAAAUAUGAAAUCUUAUAUAACAACCUAUGGUUGAAGGAAUGCUCAGUUUCAUUUGCCAAUAAAUUGGUUUUUCAUAACUUGCAUCAAGUUUAAUUUUAAGUAAGCUUUUUAUAUGUAGAUAUUUUGUUGAAUUUGUACAUACACUUAAAGUGUAGAUGCUAUAUGCUUCUAGGUGUUACAAAUUUUUAAAAAUGCAUUUUGUUGUACUGUGUAAGAAGUACUCUAGCCAAUAAAGUGCAUGGUGUUUUAAGGCAUCUAUCAAAAUACAUAUAAUUUUUAAAAAAAUUGAUAACAAGGUAUUCAAUUUUAAGAUGUCAGGUCAUUUGCCAAGCCAGAAAGACCUACUACUGUGUAAGUUCUAAUUAUUCAUCGUGCAAAAUCCUUAGAAGCCCUAUUUAUAUGAAUGGAGUUUGCACAGCAGCUGUGUUUGCCGAGCUGCACCCAAUAUUAUUAGUGGGUAUGCUUAUGCUUUACUUAAAGCCACAACACCUUUUGUUUUGCAUAUAUUAUGUCUGUAAAGCAUCUUACGAGCCACCCAAUAUUUAACACUGGAAAAACAUCAAAAUUUUCAGAGAUCCAUUUUUUCCCCAUGAAGGCAAAAGCAAGAGAAAAAAAACCCUGAUAUACAGCACUGAUUGAAAAAGCACAAAAGGGGGGACAUUCCCACCAAUGGUAUUGAAGAACGGUUUCAUACUGUUAAAUGGAGAUGCUAACUUUAUCCAUGCAUGUGAAAGUACACAGAGAUUACUUCUGUAAUUGUGCAACACAUUUUGUAUUAAAAUAAAUGUGGUUUUAAAAUUUUA